CUUCUCUGGUCCGACCGUCUGCAGUUGCGUUACCUCCGCCUCGCAUUGAAAAAAUACCAUUCACCGUCGCUCCGAACUCGGCAACAGCGAGCAUGUCCAGGGAGUCAGCUGAAGAGACCAGUCCAAGUUCUACUGCUCCUUCUGCCACCUGGUCUGCUGUUAGGGAUCCAGUUGCACUCAUGGGACCUACUCAGUAUCGUGGAUUGGCGAGGGUGGAAACCAAUGGCAAAAUCGUUGGCCUUCCUCCCAAAGUGCUUCAUGCCAUAUUUGAUGUCCUCGAUCCGUGCACUGCCACCUGUCUUGGUUUGACCUGCCGAAAACUUUACCAGUUCUCCAAAUUCAAAUACCCUGAACGCAUCUCCCUCUACAAACUCAGCCCACUUGUCAAAUGCGACGGUAAAGAAACCCGUUUCAACCUGGGUGAUCUGUUGGAAGAUUGGGUUGGCCCGCUUUACCGUCGCCGUGUCUGGUCGCUCAACUCGAUCCAACGAAAGCAUUACCAACUCCCUCCACAAUUCCUGAUCCGAUCCAUCUACGGCUCUUUUCCCGGCGAUCCAGAAGAACUUACCCUUGCCAAGCGCUAUCUUGAGUACUACUCUUCCCGACGACAGGUUGGCAGCAAGACGUGGUACAUCCUUCCGAACCCUUACAACAAGGCAGCCGGGUACUGGUGGAUUCAGGCCAAGGAGUGUAUCAUGAAGGACGCCAAGGAUUUCCGUGGAAGAGCGAUCUGGGAUUGGAACGCUUGGAUGAGUUUCUGGAUGCCGUCGGAGGUAUUUUUAAACAUCGGCUACAUGGACAAAUUGAAAGUUCUGCAAUGGUUCGAGGAGAUGGUCUGGUUGCAUGGCAUGCAGAUCUUGCCUGGUGGCUCGCCGUUGCAAGAGCCGUCGGUAAUGGACAAGCUGUGGUGGUUUGGAAAGAGACAUAUGCGCUGGGUUACGUGGUGGGUUGGCUCAUUGCCUCCAAGACAACCAUUUCCCCGUCCCGAACGUGAGCAUUUCAGAUUCCGAAGACAAUUUUCGCUUCGAUCUGACUCGUUCCCAUUGUCGGUUAGAUAUAGAUAAGGGGUGCUCUUCUUUGCAACCAUGGCAGAGGGGUUAUUUUAAAUAGUAUGUUGUGGAUAUGCUAGGUCAGCCUCAUGGAUUUCUCAUUUAGGGAGUUGGCUGGGGUAGUUUCUUCGUCGUCUGCUCUGCUCUUUUCUACGCAGAUCAAUGGUCCGCCUAUACAACAGCUUAAUUCUAAUGAUUUUCGC